UUAACAUGUUUGUUGCGUGCUGCUGGGCUCCCAGUUUUGAUUUUAUUGUCACAUUUUGCAUUGUACUUACAUUAUUCAACCCUUCUUCUAAUUACAUGUACUGUAACAACCUCCACUGAAGCAAGGUUUAGCUUGUUUGAUCGUGUCCGUCCAUGGGAUAUUUUAAGUAGGCCAGGCUACCGGCAAUAAUGCAAAGGCAUGACAAGCUCGGUGGGACCGGAUGUGUUCCUUCCCACCCAGAGGAAAUGGGUGUCGGUGAAAGGUCCGACUUCAGAUGGUGAUGACACAGCAAAGAGCUUUGUGGUUGUCACUUACAACAUCCUCGCUGACUUUCACGUGAAGGCGGACACGUAUCCCUACCUGCUACCGGGUCACCGUACCAUCGACGAGCGACACCCGCGACUCUUAAAGGAGUUUCAGCACCACGGAGAUGCUGACGUCAUAUGUCUUCAAGAGGUUAACGGCAAGUAUUUUGAGGAGGUCCUAGCACCGGCAAUGUUGGAAUUUGGCUACGAAGGGCUCCAUGGCAACAAGGCAUUAGGAGUUGACGAAGGAGUGGCAACCUUUUACAGACCGAGUCGGUUUGAGCUCAAGCGGCAUAAAGUCAGCUACUUCAAGGACCAAAUUCAGGAGGAGAUCUCCAAAAGGCAGCUACCAAGCAGCCAAUCGGAAGCCAUCCUGGAGCGCACUCUGCGAGAAACAGUGACGAUGUACCUGCAGCUUGGCUGCAAGAGAACUGGGCAGGCUCUGACUGUGGGCAACGUGCAUGCAUUCUGGAUGAACCACAUAGCAAUGGAUGUCAUUGCCCUGCAGAUAGCAUUAGCUGCGAAUACACUCGCACAGUUUGCCGGUGACGGGAACAGCGCCCUCAUCCUCUGCGGCGACUUCAACACUGAGCCACACAUGCCCGCCUACCAGCUGCUGAGGGAGGGUUGCCUCAGCGACCAGAGUGUGGAAAAGCUCCGCCAGUUUGAGACUGUGUCAAAGGAAAGCCCAGAAAAGAGCUUCACUCUGGUCGAUGUGAUGGCCGAAUCCUUCCAGCAUCUGAUCCCUAAUUUCCAAAGCGCCUAUAAAACAGUUAUUGGCACCGAAGUCCCAUUUUCGCAGUUCCACGACACAGAGGGUGCCGAGUGGAAAGCACAACACCAGGGAGAUGGAGAGUGGAUGGAAACCGACCGCGACUCUGAAGGUGCCACCCACCAGUCAACGAGACCAAGAGGGAAACGCAUCAAGGCCCUGGACUACCUCUGGUUCGGCUCGGACACUCUGGUGUGCAACGGUGCCCUGGAGAUGGUUGCUAGGGAAGUUUUGGAGGAGCUGUAUGCCUGCCCCAAUGCCGUGUUCCCCUCAGACCACCUCCUGAUGAAAGCCCAGUUCCGUUUCAAGGGAGCAGUGCCCUGACAGAAGUUGUCAUGAAAAGCCUGGAAAAAACCUUUAAUACAACUCCAUAUUGAAAGUGGGUUUCCCAGAGAUGUCCAAGAUAACCAGAGAAACUUUGCAUAUACAAACUGAUCUAAACUGUACUCAGGGAUUUCAGUAAUCGUGAAAUAGCCUGAUUCCAGAAUUCUUGUUGAAUUUAUAACAUAUUGGCCGCACACAAGCUUUUCAACUUUUUCUGUAAACCUGACAUUUCUGGGCCAAACUUAGUUCCCUUUUUAACCCUUCUAUUCUUUGUUAUGAAAAAAAAUAACAGACAUUUCCAGCAAGAUUGCAUAUGGAGAAUGGAAAAAGCUGGGCGGCAAACGCGAUCCAUACAACUCCUGUUUGAGUGAGAUCACACAGGAAACUUGGAGCAGAUUUUGGACAUCACAGAAUUGCAACAUGUGGGCAUGCACAGUGCAGUGUAGACCAAGGCCAAUGAAGUCAAGAGUCAAAAAUUCUUUAUAUACAAAAGUGAAUUUAUGAGUGUCUGUUACAAAAAUCAUUGCCCCCAACAAUUUGUGUUAGUGAUGGACUUACUCGACUAUAUCUUUUACGAAGGCUGUUAAGUAGUGUCACAGUACACAAACUUCACACUGAUAUGCUAUUUUUGAAUUUGUAACAAUGUGAAGACAUAAAUGCAUUAUUCGUUUUACCUGAGACAUUAGCACAAGCUAUAGCACCAUGGACGGCCUUGAAAUCUGUUAGUGUUACGAUAAGUUUGCAGUGAAUGAAAAGGCCUACGUUUGCUUGUAUGGGGCAUGUUAAUGGACACAAGGGGCUAAUAGCCCUGAAACAUGACCCGGCACAACAGAAUGAGCAUAAAGUUGCAUUCUCUUUUCUUAUUUUGAGGGUUCAAAGUCAAAUAUGGAGGUGGAGGUCGAGUUUAGUUUUUUGUAAUAUUUGGUAAGAGUGGCCAGUGUAUUUAAUUCCAAAUUGUUUUGCACGAUCAGAUAUUUAAAAA